CUGCUAUAUGAUCUAUUCUUGAAAAUGUUCCAUGUGCACUUGAGAAGAAUGUGUAUCCUGCUGCUUUUGGGUGGAGUGUUCUCUAGAUGUCUGUUAUGUCCACCUGUUCUAAUAUGUUUUUCAGUGACUCUGUCUCCUUACUUAAUUUCUGUCUGGUUGUUCUGUCCUUUGGAGUGAGUGGUGUGUUAAAGUCUCCUAGAAUGAAUGCAUUGCAUUCUAUUUCCCCUUUUAAUUCUGUUAGUAUUUAUUUCACAUAUGUAGGUGCUCUUGUGUUGGGUGCAUAGAUAUUUAUAAUGGUUAUAUCCUCUUGUUGGAUGGACCCCUUUAUCAUUAUGUAAUGUUCUUUUUUGCUUCUUGUGACUUUCUUUAAUUUGAAGUCUAUUUUGUCUGAUACAAGUACUGCAACCCCUGAAUUUUUCUCCCUAUUAGUUGCAUGAUAUAUCUUUUUCCAUCCCUUCACUUUUAGUCUGUGUAUGUGUUUGUGUUUGAAGUGAGUCUCUUAUAGGCAGCAUGUAGAUGGGUCUUGUUUUUAAUCCAUUCAGUGACUGUAUGUCUUUUGAUUGGUGCAUUCAGACCAUUUACAUUUAGGGUGGUUAUUGAUAGAUAUGUACUUAUUUCCAUUGCAGGCUUUAGAUUUGUGGGUACCAAAGGUUCAAGGGUAAUUCCCUUACUAUUUAACAGUCUAAUUUAGCUCACUUAGUAUGCUAUUACAAACAUAAAGUUUUUUUUACCCUCCAUUUUCUUCCUCCUCCACUUCUAUGUAUUUAUUUAAAAAGAAUAUUAAAUAUUAACAUAAUGUUAAAGAUUAGCAAUGAUAAAUGAAAAUUUAACCAUGGCUGACUUCACCUCUGCUAAAGUACAAGGGUUUCAUUUGAGCCAUCUUAAAAUUCAUGCUGUUACAUGUGGAGCAUUAUUUAGAUGUGGUUUUAUUUGCCUGAUUGAUUUACCUGAGGAAUGUUAUUUUAUUUUAGGGGAUCCAGUGGUAUAAAGAUUUUUAGUAACUGUAGCAUGCAUGACUAUAGAUAUUUUAUUUUAAACCUUGAGGCUAAAUGUCUUCAGAACUUACCAAAGUUGCAACCAUCAUAUCAAAAUCAAUCAGUGUGUUAUAAUGGGAUUCUGGAAUGUGACAAAGAAUGUGACUGUGGCAGUGAAGCAGAAUGUCUAUUUAAGGAGUGCUGUGAUUACAAAACAUGUAAACUGAAAGGCUCAGAAAAAUGUGGUUCUGGACCAUGCUGUACCUCAAGCUGUGAGAUAUCAGUGGCGGGCACUCCAUGCAGAAAGAGUGUUGAUCAAGAGUGUGAUUUCACAGAGUACUGCAAUGGGACCUCCAGUACUUGCGUCCCGGACACCUACACGCUCAAUGGCCAGCUGUGCAGGUCGGAGACCGCGUUCUGCUAUGACGGACGGUGCCAAACUGCUGAUAAACAGUGUGCCCAGAUAUUUGGAAAAGGUGCUCAAGGAGCUCCGUUUGCCUAUUUUGAAGAAGUUAAUUCUCUGCGUGAUAGUUCCAGAAAGUGCAGUUUUAAAAAUUCACAACCAUUGCCUUGCAAACAGAAGUAUGUAUAUAAAAGUAAUUGUUUCAUUGAGUCAUAAAAAUUACUGUUUCUUGUCAAGAGACAAGAUAGAAAUGGACAGUAAAUCUUAUACCAGGAGAAUAGUUUCAUUUAACAUUUUCCAUCUAUUUUCCUUCUAUGCAAUUCAGUUUCCUUUUUCCUCAGUAUUGUUCUAAUAAUGAGACUAGA